AUGAGGGCGUUCCCAAAUACCUACGUUGUGCCUGGAGGGUCUGUCGAACAGCAAGAUGAAUCUAUUUAUCAUGCUGCUGUCAGAGAAACGUUUGAAGAGACAGGAAUUCAAAUAGAUUGUAAUUGUUUAACACCGAUUUAUUUGUGGGAAAGCGCCUUUCCUACAUCCAUUGACCAAGGAAUUCCAUCUAGACAUCAUUUAAUUAUUUAUUUACAUGCAAAAGUCAACUUAUUUACUGAAAAUGCAUCAAAAGAGGAAAAAUAUGAGAAAAUUUUGAAACUCCAGAAAGAGGAAGUUGAAUCUGCCAGUUGGAUUGGAGCUGACGUGGUUUCCAAAAUUGUACAGCAUAUUGAAGGUGGAAGAGAAAUGACCCAAAAAUUGAAACAAUCUAUUGAAGGAAAGACUUUUGAAGUUUUUGACGUACAUGGAAACUAUUCAACAAGUCCUCUUGAUGUUCUAUUUAACCCAGAUAAUACCAUUGGAUAUGAGAGGUUGACAACAGGAACUAGAUUUCUAUUGAGGAGGUGGUAUCACAUUAGGACCCAUGAAUGA